AUCACACCGUGUCAAGGCAUUCUGUGUCGUUGAGCUUGACUCGGCUCACGUUCCGAGCCCCGACCCCUGGUCCAAUGAACGCAUUGAGAGCAUUGCGACUGUAUACAACCGAAAGCCAAGGCCGUUCGAUGUUAGCUGGGCAAGACUGUCCAGUUUCGACGGUACCAUCAGAACGUUGCAAGGCGUAACGAAGUCAAGAGGAGGUCGUGCUACACAAUGCGAAGAUUUGUGUGGUUUGUGAGCAUUUCGUGCAGCAAGCAGGGGAUCCGUGGGGUGGAUGGAUGUGGCCGCAGCCUCACCGUCUGGUCGAAGCUCGCCGCUCAUGUUACACGUGCGGACAGCCAUCGUACCCCAUCAUAAUCACUCGUUGAGACAUAUAAGGAGCUCGGCACCCAAGUGGGCGAAGAAGGCUUUGCUGCAAACUCUGCUAUUCUCUCACAGGGCCAGGCUGGAGUUCUAUCGAUUAUCAUACAGCUAUUCCGCGAAUAUCAUUACGGGCAACAUCCGCAUUUCCCACCCCCGCAAGACUCGGGAGGCGUCAAUAUCAAGAUUCACACGCAACUCUCCAGUGAAAUUUGGUGCAUCAUUACCGCCAUCUGUAUCCUGCUGCAUAUAUCUGGACGUGCUCCAUCGCUGUCGCCGUCGGCCCUCGAGGAAAGAAGCAUUCAUUCAUUCAGGGGAAAAGAGAAUACACUGGCACCUUCCCUCGCUCUCCCUUCGUAGUCUCUCAGUGCAGCGGACAUCACAACAGAAAGCUCGGCCCGCAAGCUAGCGGUCUUCCCAUUUAUAAACGCUCUUUCAAUUUCUCGUUCCUCUUUCUCUUCUUCUUGUUCUUCUUCUUCUCCCUCAACACCAACACUUCUACCAGUUCCAUCCGCUCAGAGAUUGCCAACAUUCUUUGUAGCUUUUGACUUCAAUACGCUCAUCUCUCUUCUUUCAGCU